AUGGACGAUGCUUUGCGUCGCAGCAUCUUUGGUUCAUCUGAUGAGUCAGAUGAACCAUCGCCGAAGCGAAGGCGCUCGAGGUCGCGAGACUCGGGCGCUAAUAGUGGUGUCGGUUCUCCUAUGGACACCACUUCACAGCGAGGUGCCAGUACUUCUGUCGGCACGUCGCAGGAAGAGCGGGACCGCAAUGUGUUGCGUCUCGCUCCAGAAAAGAAGGCAUGGAUGCCUCCUAAAUCCGUCAUGGAUCACUUGUCGGCGACGACGAGUGAUCGUUAUCGAACACGAUUGUUCGAUUCGUCAAGGAUCCAUCACCUUGACCCCAGCGCGAAAGACUAUCGCGCUGAACAUGAGUUCUUCAUCGAUGCUUUCUUCAGACAUCGAUGGUACAGUGGGAAUCACAAACGUGAUGGUCCCUCACUACUUCAGGCGUGGAACGCCUACAUCCAUAAUCUCGAGGAUGUAGGUCGUGACGCUUGGAACGACAAACUUAUCAAAGCUCGUGAUAAGUUUGAAAAGCGAACCCCGACAGGUGCACGCUAUAAGCUGCAUCGUCUGUCAAGGGAGAAAGGAUUACCCUGCCUCUCUUGGGGAGACUCGUGCCCAUGUUGUGUGAACAACUCUGCACGAGCACCUAAGGAGGCUUACCUCCUUACCAGCCCGUGGUGGCGCGUACGUGUCUCUACUGAGAUGUACGAAGGGAUUGACAACCUGAAAUCCCUUUACGACCGUGCCGGGAAGACUUUCUCCGGCGGUCCUUCUGCGGCACAGGAUGUGCCGCGUCGUACUGCUCGACCAGACCCACCGCCCACCGGACGAGGUAACUCGUCCGACGUCCGUUCACGUCGCGGUGGUUCAACAGCUGCUCUACUAGAUAGCGCUGGCCACCGCGAGAGUCCUCUAAUGGAGGUGGAGGAGGAGGAAAGACGCUCUCCACACGAUCAUGUGGAUCGGUGUGUUCCCGAGAGCUUUUUUGAUCGCGUAACGCAAGGGUUACGCGACGAUCUCGAGCAUGAGCGGAAUAGGCGUCUCCAGAUGGUGGACACUGCCUCGAAGCAUCGAGCUGAGUUUGCCUUUGCUCAGCUUGAGAACGAGAGAUCUCUGACAUCUCUUCGUGACGAGCUAAGGGUAGCUCGUGGGAUUGUUGAUCGGUCUCGGGCUGAGAUAACUGCUCUUCAGACCCUUGUUGAUGCCCACCAUCGGGAGCACAAGGCUCUCUGCGAGAUGCUUGAGCGCAAGGGCGUUCUUCAUCGGAAGAAGCAGCGUACUGAUGGUACGGCUUAA